AUGCAAAUCGGCAUCGCCAUACUGGCCGCUGUCUUCUUCCUCAUCAAUAAGCGUAUCAAGGGCGGAGGAAAACCAAGGGCCACAACGGAGUCAUUCGACUUCGAGCCACCCCCAAGGACCAACCCAAACCUCUCCAGGGCCGAGACGGCCGCCAUGGCAGAACUCAUGCGGAUCGCCUACCGGGUUGAGAACGAAGGCGAUGGUUCAAGGGUUUCCUAUUAUCCAGGUCAGCCUCCCAUGGAAAAAAUGAGGCCCGACUUCCCGAGCGGCCCCGGGGGCGUCGCUGCGGGUGCAGGCACGUUCAUCACACCGUAUGAAGAGAGCCAGGAAGCUGAUAAUGACGCGCUCGUGCAGUCGCUCGGCAGUGAGUCCGCUGCCCAGCUCGGGCUGAAGCACCCCGUGGGCCGAUGGGUGCACAUCCAGAGGCCAGGGGCCGUGGCGGAGAGGACGAGUGCUUAUAAUGUGCCCGACAUGCCUGCCGCACCGGGUCUUCCAGAUCGCUACUCGACGUCGAAUUUGUACUCCGGGGCGGCUCGGUGA